AAACCUGCUGGAAGUCAGCAUCCAUAAUGCAGGGGCUCUGCUGGCAUGUGGUAGCGAAGAUGAGCCUGGGGUUUCUGUGUCUCUUUCUGGUUUUCAGCACAGCUUCGUGCCAAAGAAAAGAAAAUAAGAAAGAGAAGCAAUUGGCAGUGCUGGCUACUGCAGAGCUGCCUGCAAAGUCCCUGGACCUGGCUGCAAUCAACCUGACAGAGCUGGUGAACGGGAUGCUGAGCACUGCACUCAGAGGCACCAAGAAACUCUUCUCUUUGCUGAGCAUCACCUCUUACAGCUCGUUUGCCUUCCACAAAGUGUCAGUCACCAUUUACAACAUCUCUAAUGCAAAAAAUAUUGACCCUGGCAAGUUUCCUAUGCACUACUGCUACUGUUUGAGUAAUGUUACAAAUGACUUGACAGAUUUUACAGCUCUACUUGUUGAUAUCAUUGGAAACUCCACCAGUUAUCUCACAGAAAUUUUCAAAUCCACUUCUAUUCUCUCAGUGCGUCAGAGCAAUGACUCUGAUUGUAUCUACAUCUGUGUGAUGGCUGGGCAGACAGGGAAAAAUCUGUCUGAUUUUUUGGAAAUACUAGAUAAGUCUCCUGUUCUUAAUUACACAUUUUCCAGUAACACAUCAUCUGACUUGGACCUAGAUUCGAUUUUCUCAAGUUUUGUGAAGUUGCAGGACGACUCAAACAAGACACUGGAUUCAUCAGCAGAAUAUGUGUGGACAUUUAAAUCUACCAGGAUCCCUGUGGCCCAGAAAGGAGGGGGGAUCCCCACCACGAAGUUCCCGCUGUGGCCAAGGACGGCUGGAGCCAAGGGCUCGUGGUUUCCAUCACCCCACGUGGAUGCUCCCAGGCCCCAGGGCAUGGCCAGACCCCCCCUGAGCCCUGGGGGGAGCUUGGCCCCAUCAGCAGCCCUGCAGCCCAGCCCCACUGACACGUCCAUGUUUUGGGUGCAGACAGAAGCCAGCAAACUGAUGCAAACAGAGCCAGAUUUGCCUUCCACAGUACUGUCUCUGCCACCUUCCUACAGACCUGGUGUGACACUGAAACUUUACUCAGCCACCAGGUGCCCCCAGGCGAUGCUCAGAGAGCCCCGUGUGACCUCCCCUCCUGUCACCCUCGUGGUGCAGAAGAUCAAUCCCUGUGUGAUGGAGCUCUGCAGGUUCUUUCAGCUGUGCCUCUGUGUUGGUCAGAGAAGAUAUUCCAGAAAGGAAGCCAUGAGAUACUGUGUUGAAUACUAUUCCUGGUUUGUGAAAAAUGCAAGUUAUGUCUGCGAAAGAGCCAAAAGAGUUGCUUACUCCCACACAUUAAAGCAAAAAUGCCUUAAAAACAUCUGUACAUCAGUUUAGAGCACUGAGAAAUUUUACUGCAAGUUGGAAGACUGGUGGCAGUUUUAGUUUUCUUUUUGAUUUCUCAGUGUAAAAAUCAGAAAGCAACAUAUUAUUUGUAAAUAUUUGAAAUCAGACCAGCUAUUAACCCAAUGUUAACCUAGAAAUGUCUCCUCCUCCAAGUCAUUGUAAAAAUAAUGUCUAAAAAACAGAGAUAUUUUAUAUAAGUGAUGUAACUGCAAUAAAAACAUUGAAAGUCUUUAAAAAAUCUUGUUUUAAAAAGGAUAUUUACAUAUCUGGCUGGCUAAUAAAUGCAAAUAGUUUCUAUUUAUUUUAUUGACAUUUGAGACAUAGUAAUCAAAAUUAACAAGUGCAAAGUAAUUUAAAAGCAACCUGAAAUACUGAAGACUAGCAGGACUCUCUGGUGUUAAACACAUGCAGGUUAUCUUCAAAAUCAAAAACUUCCAUUACUUUAGCAAUUCCUGUUGUGCAGUACCAACCCAGGAAGGGACAGGAUCUUUUGUACUUUGAGAUGUAUUUGUGUGAGCUCACCAGGAUUCAUAGAAACAUGGAAUUAUAGAAUGGGUUGGAAGGGACCUUAAAGAUUAUGUACUUCCAACCUCACCAGGUCAGGUUUCUCAGGGCCCCUUCCAACCCAGCUUUCAUUUCCUUGAUAUGCAAGUCUGGUGAACUAAAAACCAGUUCUAAAAAAAUGAAAGAAUAGCCAAAUCAAUUGCAUGUCCCAUAUUUUUCUAUGCUGCAACAACAUUAUGCUACCAUCUACCCAGAGUACAUCAUCA